CUGUGUAACCCCUCUGGGAAAAGGGGGGGAUUUCAGGCAAUCGACUGGCAAGUGGAAUUGAUGAAUCUUUAUAUGAAGGUUGUCUACUCAGGUACAGGGUCUGGAAAAACAAUAGAAUACAUUGUUAGUCAGUCAUCGAUAAUUCAGGCUUAUCGAACCUGCAUUGAAGAUGUUGAGGAAGAUUACCACAUACCAAACAAGACCCUUCACCAUGCAACUCCUGACAUAGAAUCCAGAUUAGUCGCUAUCCAAUGCAAACUUCGUAACCUUCAUCCUCACAAAUAUGUGAAGGGAUGUGCUUCACACACCUUGAUAGAAGAUCACAUUCAGAAGGGUCUUGAAGUAUUCCAACGUGGCACAAUGGGAGGGUCAAACAACAUAAGACAAUCGGAAUCAAUGGAUGAAACUGAUGAGACUUACCAAAUUGAGGCAGAUGACUUG